UACUACAUUCCCCACCCAACCAAACCGAAUCACCAAAGAGGAGGUUCCUCUCUUCUUCUUCCUCUUUGCGGCAUCCCUAGCUUCCUUCCGUCCGUCCCCGCCCAACAACCCAGAUUUCUCGGUAAGAGGGGACAGCCGGUUCCGUUCAGAAUUCUCAUCCUCAGAUGGGGAACACGGGGAGCAGCACCAUCGACAAUGGCCAUCGCCGGAAUUCCCGCCACCAUCACCACCUCCACCUGCCUCCUUUCGGGGCCUCCGAUGCUCCUCCCCUGCCACCGCAGCCACAGCUGCAGCCUCAGCAGCCGGAGAUCGUGGCACAGUACCCCAUUCCCUACUUCCCGUACGGCUACUACCCCAGCCCGUCGCCUGCUAUGCCCGUGCCGCUCCCGGCGCCGUUCGACCACCACCAGCGCCGUGAGUACCCGUUUCACCACCCGGGGUGGGCCAACGGUGGGAGGUACCCCUACGGCGCUCCGCUUCCCGCGCCUGCCCCCGCCCCCUACGUCGAUCACCAUAAGGCUGUCACCAUCCGCAACGAUGUUAACAUCAAGAAGGAGACUCUGAGGGUCGAGCCUGAUGAGCAGAAUCCCGGCCAGUUUCUUGUGGCUUUCACUUUCGAUGCCACCGUUGCUGGAAGCAUCACUGUCUUCUUCUUUGCAAAAGAAGGCUCGGACUGUAACUUGAUCACAGUAAAGGAAUUGCUUAAACCAGUCACAGUACCUUUUAAAGAAGGUCUGGGCCAGAAGUUUAGGCAACCAUCUGGAACUGGAAUUGAUCUCUUCCUGGUUGAUGAGAUGGAGUUGAUAAAAGUGGGAGAAUCAAAUGUCUACCCCCUAGCUGUGAAAGCAGAAGCUUCUCCAUCCAGUAAUCAAGAUUUUGAUGAGCACCAGCAAGUACAAUCUUCAGACUCACAGAUUACACAGGCGAUUUUUGAAAAGAAAAACAAUGCUGGUUAUGAUGUGCGUGUGACGAAGCAGAUCUUAUGGGUAAGUGGAACCAGAUAUGAGUUGCAGGAGAUUUACGGUAUUGGCAACUCAGUUGGUGGUGAGACUGAUGAAAAUGAUUCUGGAAAAGAAUGUGUGAUUUGUCUUUCAGAACCACGUGAAACCACUGUUCUGCCUUGUAGACAUAUGUGCAUGUGUCGCGAAUGUGCGAAGGUGCUGAGGUUCCAAACAAAUCGAUGCCCAAUGUGCCGGCAGCUGGUGGAGCAGCUACUGGAGAUCAAGAUCCAUGACAGAGCCGAGAAGCGACAAGAGAGAUAACACCCAUCUCAUCAAAAGUCCUAUGCCCUGGAUCCUGAGCUUGGCUUCAAGAGAGAGCCAGAAUGAGGCAUAUGGUAAGAACUGUAUGCUUGUGUGUAUAUAAUAAUUGGCAACUGUGAUUUAUUUCUAUGGAUAAAUCGCUGGGAUUUGGACCGUGCCAGAUGUAUAUGCUUCUUAGCAUCAGCUUGUGUUUGUGAGGGUUGUUGAGGCGUCACUGUACGAGACACUGUUUAGUUGCUGUUUCUUACUGGUGGGACCUAUUGUAUCUGGUUGUAGUCAAAGAAUGAGCGAUCGGUGAAGCGUUGACGAGAUCCACUCUUGUAUUUCAUGCAAAAUAAAUCUUAGAAGCUUCAUCCCAACCAUUGCUGUGUUUCAA